GUCAAAUGUCAAACAAAAGUAAAUGAAUGUCAAAUUUAAAAAGCAAAAAGGUUAGAAAAUGGCUGCUAUAAUUCGAGUUAAAAGAUGUUUAGACGAGGAUCCUUUAGAUACGUUCAUUUUAAAAUGCAAAAAACGUAAAGUAGACCUCGACAGCACCACAGACGACUCCGCAAUUGAAGAUAUCUCGACAGCAGUUCUCAAAUUCGCUGGAACGAUCAAAGAAGACGAGAACAUCCUAGCACACUUGAAGGAUAAAAAACUACCAGAUCCCGAGGAGUUGAAAACGAAUUUUAAGAGACAUACCGUUAAUUUAACAGACAAACUAAGAUUGGAACAUCAGGAGGCUUCUAAGAAUAGCAGAUAUAAAAUAGUUAACUUUUUUCGUUCUCCUAGUUUAGACACUAGUAACAAAGACAAAGAAGUUACCAUUCUUGAUGUAGAGACUGAUAUCAAUCAAAAUGACGCUAAUACUGCUAAUAAAAACAGCGAAGCUGAUAGCAGGUAUGUAUAUGAUCUCUACUACACGAAUUCUGACUUCGGUGAAGCUCAAUUAGAAGAUUACGUAAGUAUAUAUCCAUUAAACGAUCCUUUAAUCACUGGAUCCACCAGAGAUAACGGUAUAAACGAUUCCGACUCAGAAGAUAGUGAAGAUUCGAAUGCUGAGUGCAAUUGGAGGAAUGAUUAUCCAGAUGAAGAUGACAUGGAAUCUAUAAAUGAAGACGAUAUGGUCAAAGCAAUGAAAAAUGUUGAAUUGGAAGAUCUAUCCAGUGAUUCUGAGGAAGAAAAGUUCGUUUAUAGUGUGGAUAGUGACGGUGAAUACCAAGAUGCCUUGGAUGAUAAUGAUGUUAGCAAAUUUGGAAAGAAAUAUGCUGCAUUUAAGGCUAAGCAUAAGGGUGUAGAGACUACCAGUUUCAAGAAUGAUUUGUAUUUUGGGGAUAUUGAUGAAGAUGAAUAUUAUUAUUAGGGGUUGAUUUAGUUUCUUUUAAUAAAUAGAGUAAUGUAGGUUUAUUUUUCUACUAUUUUGUUCUUCUAGAACUGCAGGGCUGGCUACUGAAAAGAAAUAUUCUACUGCUAGUAAAGGUUG